AUGGCCCGGCCCGCUCUCGUUCUUUUUUCCUGCAUCGUCACCUUUUCACUCUCGCUUCUUCCUUGCGCUUCCCUCUCGCAGGACGGCGUAAUUCUUCUUAAAAUGAAAAAGGAAUAUUGCAGCGAUACUGAAGCUUUGAACGAUUGGAAUGAAUCUGAUCAAAAUCCGUGUGCUUGGAGUAGAAUCUCUUGUGAUACAUUCAACUGCGUUACCAAAGUUAAUCUAUCGGGUUCUUUUAUUUCUGGGAACUUGACUUCGGCUCUAUGUAGCCUUCCUAAUCUCACGACGUUGAUUCUCUCAUACAAUGAAUUCGGCGGUCCUUUCCCCGAUGGCCUCUUGCAUUGCAAGAGUUUGCGGCAGCUCGAUUUAUCGUCAAACCAGUUCGUUGGAAGGCUGCCCAGUAAUUCUUUCAGCGGUCCCUUGCCCGAGGGCCUUUUCCUUUGCAAGCUUUUGCGGCAGCUUGAUUUAAAGAGCAACAAAUUUUCUGGAACGCUGCCCAUUUCUAUCUACGAAUUGAGCGACUUAAGAGAGCUGUACCUGGCAGGCUGCCCAGUCGUAUCUCCGAAUUGA